AUAGCACGAGUGUAGGAAAGAUGUACCUAUAGGAACCGCCUGUUUAUUUUGGUAGAGGCCGAUAUUGGGGUGUUCGCUUCUCUCUGUUACACAGUUUUGACAGCUGCCUUACACAGUGCGAUGCGAUGAUACAACCAGCAUAACAGCUAACGCUAUGAUUGUUAAAAAACAAUCUAAAAUGGCCGAAAGCCCAAUGUAAAAGUGGCGAAGCAGUGCAGAGAAUCAUGAAUCUGAUAUGAAAGACUCAGGAGAACCACUGGGGCUUGUUACGGUGCAGUCCGGGGCACUCUCAGCCACCUGGAGGACUACAAAGACAACUAAACUGAGAGUUUAGACAUUCCUGACUUCCUCUACACCUUGACUUCUGCACCUGGAUGCGUGGACGACAUGGCAGGUCCACAGCAGACUGAUUUGUCAUAUGCCUGGGAAAAGUACAUGGACUGUAGACUGCAGGGAGUGGAUCUGCAGGUUAGCCUGCAGAGUCUGGAGAAUUUCCUCUGUCUCUUCCACUAUGUACAGCAUCAUCCCACCUACAGCACCACAGAUGCACUGAAAUUCUGCUCAGACAUGAGUGGGGCCAGUAACAUGUUGGCGAGGGAGUUCCUGACUGAUGUUCAUCAGCUAUGCAGUGCAGUGGCCCAGAGAGCAGAGGCACGGGAGGAAGAUGAGGAGGAAAGUCACAUGGCAGCAUUGGGAGAAUACCUGGUCAGGGGACGUGGCUUCCUGCUGCUCAGCACCCUGGACUCAAUCAUUGACCAGGAGCUGACAUGUCGGGAGGAGCUUCUCAAAUUGCUGUUGUCUUUGCUGCCAUUGGUUUGGAAGAUCCCUGUUCAGGAGGAAAAAGCCCCAGAUUUCGCCCUGCCAUCCCUACUGGAGGUCUUUCUUAGCCGGGAGGUGAAGGCCAUCCCCCCCAGAACAGGACAGAAGGCAGCGACAGAUGAACUGAACUCCGGGAAGAGGUCUCGUGUUGGCAGUGGCACCUGGAAAUCACGGAGGUUGCGCAGACCAGCACAGAGAUACUCUGUAAAAGAUGCACGCAAGUCCCAGGUUUCUACCUCAGAUUCAGAAGCCAACUCUGAAGACAAAGCUGGCCCAGGUGGCGUGAGGAGCCGGAGAUCACAAGGUUCUACCAUCCGGGUAAGCUGUCAGCAUCAUCGUUCACAGCUCACCUCCACUGCCACCACCACCACUACCACCACAGAAGCCAUGAGUGCACCUUACCCACACCCCCGAGCCCCUGGGUCCCAGAUGGCAGACACAGAAACACUGACAGACCCAGCUGCAAUAUCAAUUUUCAACCGCAUGGAGAACUCUUCCUUUGAUCUCUGUCAUGUUUUGCUUUCACUGCUGGAGAAGGUUUGUAAGUUUGACAUGAAUAUUAACCACAACCCAGUCCUGGCUGUCAGUGUUGUACCAACUCUCACUGAGUACCUGACUGACUUUGGAGAUUGCUGUAGUUCAGUGAGAGGGCGUGGAGGUGGAACAGUGUCAGAGGAGCUUGCUGGAGGCUGGACCAAAGAACCCAUUGCCCUCGUCCAGAGGAUGCUUCUGCGUACCAUCUUACACCUGAUGUCAGUGGAUGUGAAUCAGAGUGAAACCCUUCCAGACAGCCUGAGACGCAGCCUGAUAGACCUGCUGCGAGCCACCCUCAAAAUCCAGAGCUGCUUGGACAAACAGACUAACCCUUUUGCUCCUCGACCCAAGAAAACCCUGCAGGAGGUCCAGGAUGAUUUUUCAUUCUCACGCUAUCGCCACAGGGUACUGCUGCUGCCAGAGCUUUUAGAGGGAGUACUGCAAGUGCUGCUGGGCUGCCUGCAGGCUUCCACAUCCAACCCCUCUUUCUUUAACCAGGUGCUGGAGCUCAUCCAUGAAUUUGUCCAGCACCGUGGUCUGGAGCUGUUUGAGGCCACAGUGCUGCAGCUGGAGGGACUUGGUAGGGCCAAGGAUUGUGAAGUGGGAGGUGAGGCUUUAGAGAGGCUACGAGGUCUCAUUGCAGGACUUUUCAAGAUAAUCAGUGCUGUCAAGAAAGCAAAGUCAGAGCAGCUGCAUCAGUCUGUGUGUGCCCGACGUCGUCAUCGUCGCUGUGAAUAUUCACAUUUCCUCCAUCACCAUAGAGAUCUGUCAGGUCUGCCCGUCUCUGCUUUCAAGCAGACAGCUAGACGCAACCCCUUUGAAGAGGAUGGAGAAGGCAAGGAAGGCAUGGAGAGUGAUGCGGAGCGCUACCCUAAGCGGUGCUGCUGUCUUGCUGCCUGUGCUCACCAGUGUCUGCGGCUCUUGCAGCACCUGUCCCCGAGUGGGCCAGCUGUUCUACAGGUGCUGGCUGGAGUGCAGGCUGUUGGAAUCUGCUGCUGUAUGGACCCCCGCUCAGUGGUAGGGCCUCUGCUGCAUGCCUUUCAAGCUCCAGGUCUGCGUAGUUACCAGUCUCAUGUUCUCAGUGUCCUAGGCAGACUGAUUCUAGAUCAGCUUGGAGGGGGGCAGCCCUCAGAGAAAGCCAGACUGGCCUCCUGCAACAUCUGCACUCUGGACAUCAGCCAGCUGCCAGGCCUGGAGGAAACACUGCAGCAAGGGGAACCCUCUGUUGUUUCUGCCAGUCACUGCUACCGCUCUGAGGGUAUUCUACCAAGUGGAGGUGGGGCAGAGGACAUGCUGUGGAAGUGGGAUGCUCUGGAGGCCUACCAAGACCUAGUUUUUGGUGAGGACUGGCAGCUGAGCCAGCAGAUUGCUGGGCAUGUCUGCCACCUGACCCUGCGGGGAAACGCUAUAGUGCAGUGGCAGCUUUACACACACAUCUUCAACCCUGUGCUGCAGAGAGGGGUAGAGCUUGCCCACCAUGCCCAGCAGCUGGGGGUUUCCAUUGUCUGUGCUCAGGUCUGCAGCUAUCACACGCAGUGCCUGCCUGUGGAGGUGCUACUUAUAUACCUGCAAACAUUACCUGCCCUCCUCAAAUCAAGAGUGAUCAGAGAGCUUUUUGUCAGCUGCAACGGGCUCAACCAGGUGACAGAGCUUAUCUACCUGGACCAGACCCGCUCUUUGGCUUUGAAGGUGUUUGAGACUCUGAUAAUAGGUAUUGGACACCAGCAGGCUGACGGGGUGCUUCUGGAGCUGGAGGGUGCUGAUGCUGAAGAAAGGGAGGCUGUCUUGGGCCUGGCAGAGGAACUGGGGUCAAGAGGGUCUGGAGAGGGCCCGCAGAGCCUUAACAAGUUUUACGAAGGCCUAAAGGAGACAUAUCCGCAUCAUAAGAGCCAGAGUGGGCAGGGCCGUGGACCACGUCGCAGCCGAGCAGAGACCCACCUCCAUGUUAUCAACCUCUUUCUGUGUGUGGCCUUCCUCUCUGUCAGCAAAGAAGCUGAUUCUGACCGCGACUCAGCCAAUGACUCCGAGGACACUUCAGGUUAUGACAGUACAGCCAGUGAACCUCUUGGUGGGCGGCUGCCUUACCUAUCCCCAGAAAGUGUGGCUCUACCCUCCAAAGAGCAGGUGCAAUGUGCUGCAGAUGUCUGGUCAGUGUGUCGGUGGAUCUACCUGACCAGUCCCUUGUUUCGGAGGCAGUUCUUCAGACUUGGAGGACUGGAUGUCUGCUUGCGCCUCAUGACCAUGGUUAUUCAGAAGCUUUCUUGUAAGCCCAAGGAUGUGAAAGCAAAGAAGAAAAGGGAUGGUAAGGGCAAAGGCAGCCCUGAGUUCACUAUGCCAGCAACUUCUCUAGGACAGGAGGAGCUACCUAAUGAUUCACCCAGCACUCCCUGCACAAGUCCAGCUGAUGGAAAGACCAAAGAUCCAGCAAAGAAGCUGGAGGAAGAGUGGCAAAUCCACAAUAUUCGUCUCCUUGAGGCCCUUUUGGCUAUUUGCCUGCAUAGUGCAAACUCGGCCUUGCAGAGGAUAGAGCCUGAAGUUUCUUAUCAGCCGCAGUCAGUGGAAGAUACACUGUUUGCAGUGAGAGACCAGCUCUCUCGCUCAGGGGUGGUGAACUCUGACCUUGCUGUUCCUCUGUUUGACUCCCUCCUGAGAGUGGCCCUGGCCAGGGUGUCAUCCUCUCCUGAUCCCCCUGAUGAGAAGCCAGACAGGCUCUCGGGCAGGAGCGAGAACAAAAGAAGCGCUCUCAAAAUUUUUGAACAAGCCAUAUGCGACCAGAAACAGACUGCAUCUUCUGUUUGCUACCCAACUUACCUUCAGUUGUGCCCAGUGAGCUGCUGUCAAGGGAACAAGUAUGACCAGGAUUAUUGGCAAUUACAGGGACCGGUUGCCCCGACAGCCGAACAGUUAUGGUGUGGCGCACCAUAUAUGCAAACGCAAAAGCUCCAGGUGUUGGCAGAAGGUGUGGGCCCAGCAGGCGAUUUGUCCGAGGAGGUGGAUGAGGUGCAGAGCUGUGGCGUCAAACCCCCAGGGGAGGAGGAGGGCUACGACGCUGACAGCGAAAGCAAUCCAGAAGAGAUGGCCAAGCAGGAAGAGUGGGUGAACACAGAACCCGCUGUGUUGCAUGAGUUUGCUGCAGUGACGGACGGGUCCGGGCGUGGUAUGCUGCUGUUCCCGGAGAUCUGCACAAUGGAGCUGCAGCUACUCGCCACUGGCUCCCCAGACCUGGAGGUUCUGAGUCAUGUGUUUCACAGCCUGUUGGAUGCAGUACACGCCAACUGCCGCAAUGCUGCCUUACUCUACAACCAGGGUGGAGUCACAACCAUCCUGUCUGCCUUUCACAACCUCCUCAGCCAAACAGACCCCUCCAUUACAGACUGUCAGACCGUGCUGGUGGAGCUGCUGGUUGCCAUGGUGAGCCAGCAAAUCACAGCAGAGGAACUGGCUCUGUUGAUUCGCCUCUUCCUGGAGAAGACCCCACCUACGGAGAUUUUACUGAACGGUAUUCUGCAAAUCGUUGAAGCCAACAUGAAUGUGGAACCUCUUCACUUCCUGACCUUUCCAAUAAUUCUUGGGGCUUCAACGCCAGGAGGGGUGUCUCCUGCCUCCAGACAGAAUGGUGCUGCUGGGGGAAAAAGUGUCGGUGUGCUCUGGAAGGGCAAACGGUCUGCUGGGUGCAGGGAGGAGGAUGCAGAACACAGACCAAGCCACUUCCUUUCCUCUCCCUGGCAUAUUGCACCUCUACACUUGCCCCUGGUCGGGCAGAACUGCUGGCCCCACAUGGCCAGUGGUUUCAGUGCCUCUAUGUGGCUGAGGGUGGCAGAGCAGGAGGAGGAGGAGGACAGGGGCAAAGACAAGGAGGAGCAUACUGCAGCUGAGUUGCACCAUGGCUCGAGGCAGGCUGGGACGAGAUUGGUAGAGGAAGGCCUCGUUCAUAUUUUGUCCAUGGGCUCCAAGGCAUUGAUGCUUCAAGUGUGGGCAGACUUCUCUACAGGCUCUCUCACAUUCAGAAUUUGUAUAGACCCAAACGAUGAGAUAAAAGCAGGGCUGUUGGCACAGGCAGACUCUGGCGACGGACUGCUCAGGCCAGGCCAGUGGCAGCACCUCGGCCUCACUUACGCCCAGCAGCCAGAGGGCAAGAAAAACUUCUGUGGCCGUGUAGCUGUCUGGGUGUGUGGUAUCAGGAAAUGUGAGGUUUCAUUGGACUAUACCCUACCCAGAAAGUCCAGUUUAUCAUCUGACAGCAACAAGACUUUCUGCAUGCUGGGCCACUGUACGUCAUCCUCUGAAGAGCUGUUGGAACAGGGUGGAGGCUGGAGCAUGGGCACUGUGCUUCUCUUCAAUGGGUCUAGAAUAGGAUCUGAGGAGGCAUUCUACUUGUACACCAACGGGCCUGACCUCACCUCGAUCAUGCCCUGCAAAUAUGGCAAGCCUAGUGGAACAUUUUGCAAAUUUGUUACUCAUGAAGGGCUGAAGUUUGACCAUGUACGAGAGAUUCUGAUGAAGAGCAAGGACUUGGACACAACAGCUUUAGUUGAGAGUUUAGCAGUAGUGUAUGCCCCCGGAAGUCCCAGAGUCUACACCAUCUAUGAGCCUGUAAUCAGACUGAAAGGUCAGGCGAAGACUAUGGUUACUCAGCGGCCCUUCAGCUCUAAAGAAGUGCAGAGUGUUUCCCUGGAGCCCAACGCUCUCAGGGCUCUGCUCCCCACUGAAACUCAAGGCCUGCAGAGUGUGCUGCACAAGAUCGGAGGAACAGGAAGCUUUGUCUUCCUCUUUGCACAGACGGUGGAGCUGAGUGACUGUGAAAGGACCCAGGCUCUGGCCCUGCGGGUGCUGCUCUCUUUGUCCAAGUUUAACCAACACCGUAUCCACGAAAUGGACUGUUACUAUGGUUACUCUAUGAUCCACCAGGUCCUCAUCAAGUCCAAAUGCAUUGUGGGAUAUCAUAUGCUGAAAACUCUGCUGGAUGGAUGCUGCAGUGGGCCCAUCCUUGUCCUGGGGGAUGACAGCCAGUUUCGUUUGGACACAGAGUCCAUUGCAGUGGUGCAAGACAUUAGGCUUCUGUCAGAUAUUCUGUUGGACUGGAAAAUCUGGGCCAAGGCUGAGUGUGGAGUGUGGGAAACACUGCUUGCUGCCUUAGAGAUUCUCAUUAGGGUGCACCACCCUCAUCAGGUCUUCAACAUCCGUCAGUUCCUCAAAGCUGAAGUAGUGCAUCGAUUCCUGCUCACCUGCCAGGUCUUACAGGAGCAUCGGGACGAGUAUCUGACCACCAUUCCACAGGAAGUCUGUUCAUCUUUUGUCAAGAUCAUCCAGGAGGUGCUCGGGUCUCCACCAGACAUGGACCUGCUAAAACUGAUCUACAACUUCCUGUUGGCUGUUCACCCACCUACCAACACCUAUGUCUGCCACACUCCAUCCAGCUUCUACUUCUCACUACACAUAGAUGGAAAGCUGUACCAGGAGAAGGUGCAGUCUAUUAUGUACCUGAGACGCUCCAACAGUGGAGGAAAGUCUGCCAGCAGCUCUGUGGUGUCCCUCUCCCCUGCUGUCCUCACUGAUGCUUCCCAUGAAGGCCCCUCCCCUGAACUUGGAGGUGAUGAUCAGUUGUUACGCCCACCUAGUUUUUCAUCAUCUCCAUACUCCUCCCCUCUGCUAACGCCUCGACACCAACACGGAAGCUCAAAUGAGGCAGGUGAAGGUGACAGCAUUUCCCUCACCAGUCAACAGACUCUGGGCAGCACAGAGACCCUCAAGAAGGGCAUAUGUGAUGAGCAGCUGCUCAGCAGCUGUGAAUCCGCCAAAACAAUCUGUGACCCCGUGGGCAUAGGUGAGGCAGGAGCUCAACGCCCUCCUUCCAUCAGCGUGGAGGAGGAGCGGGAUGAGGCAGCAGAGGUGGACAGCCUGGCAGAAGGCAGCAUUGGGGUCGCAGAGUCUGAGGACAGGUCUGACUGGGCCAAUGAUGAGGCGCCACGCCGCCCUGACAGUCUGAAAGGCAUCCAGUCAUUCCAGAGAAGCCACAGCAACCUGACCAGUCUUGGCCUCGCCUUCCCAGCUCCAAAUGGCUCGUUGACAGUCAGCCGUUGGCCCAAUGCAGCUGACCGAGGCUCCAUGCCUGAAGACUGGGAGAGCUACACCUACUCUCCUGGCUAUGAGAGGGCCCAGAGCAAGACCGACUCCAAUGACAAGUCCAGCACGGAGGACUGCCUGGUGCUGAUCUGCUGUGGACUCUAUGAUCUUCUGAGAGGAGUUUUGCUGCUGUUGCCUGACCUCAUGCUUGAGGAGGUGAUGGACAAAGUCAUCCAGCCAGAGGCCCUCAUUGUCCUGGUCAACCACUCGUCACCUCUUAUCCAACAAGGAGUCAUGAAACUGCUGGACGCUUAUUUCAGCCGAGCCCUCAAGGAGCAGAAGGAGAAGUUCCUGAAAAACCACGGCUUCUCGCUGCUGGCCAAUCAGCUGUACAUCCAUCAGGGCAGCCAGGGACUCGUUGAAUGCUUCCUGGAGAUGCUUUUUGAACGGCCAGUGGGCCUGGAGGAAGAUCUAGACUUGGAUGAAAUGGAAAAUAUCUCACCCUUCAGAAAGCGCUGCAUCAUCCCAGUGUUAGGUCUUAUAGAGAACUCCCUGUAUGAGAACUCCUUGGUGCACAACAUCCUGUGUAUGCUGCUGCAGCUCCUCAAUGCCUGCCCCAAGCUGGCAGACAUCCUGCUAGACCAUGGGCUGCUCUACGUGCUCUUUAACACCUUCUCCACGCUCAAUGGAAUGGAGAAUGGUUUUCCCCUGAAUGACUACAAGCUCCUGGUGUGGGACAUCCAGCAGCUGUUAGUGGCUGUGCCUAUCCACUCCUGCAGCUCUUCAGGGUCCCAGUACUUCCGCAUCAUCGAAGACCUCAUUACCUUGCUGGGUUUUAUGCAUACCAGCAAGAUGUGUCGCACACAGGAGAUGGCAGUGGCUUUGCAGUUCCGUGUCCUUCAGUCAGCAAUUGAGUUCAUAAGGACCACAGCCAAUCAGGAACCUCAGAAGCUGAGCAGUCAUGUUAAUGCACCCAGCUCUCCACAUCAUGCCAUCUUUCAGAAGCGCAAGAGUAUCGCGGGCCGGCGCCGGUUCUCUCUGGCCCAGACUGACUCUCUCCUAAUGCGGAUGCGCUCUGUAGCCAGUGACGAGCUAAACCAGAUGAUGCAGAGGAGGAUGAGCCAGGAAAACCCUAUCCGAGCUAGUGAGACUGAGUUUGUUCAGCGACUGCAGAGGCUUGUGGUUCUUGCUGUCAACAGACUCAUUUACCAUGAUGUGAGUCAGGACUUAUUUGACCUCCUGAAUAUUCCAGAGUCCCCAGACCAACAGCUUUUCACACCAGAUCCAGGUGAUCAACCACAGGACGAGAGUGGCUCCACCUCUGCCCCUCACUCUCCCACUCCCUUCACCCUGCCUCCUGCCAGCAAAAAGAGCUUUCAGAAAGACAUCCUCAAACUGAUGAUGGAUGGGAUCAAAAUCAGCCAGGGCAGCACAGGUCGGGGCGGAGCCCCACAUCAGCAGUGGCGAAGGAUCCUAUGGUCAUGUCGAGACACUUUUCGGGUCCAAAUCGGCCGCCUGCUGGUGCACACACUUAGCCCUGCACGUCCCCUGUCUGACAGAAAGGAGGCACUAGAGUUUGUGUUUGAUCCCAGACAUUUGGAUAUUCUCAAAGAGAGUCUCAGCCCUGGUCUAGAGCAUGGACCAAAGUUGUCACUCUACCUGUAUGAAAUGCUCCAUGAUCACAAGGACAGCCUCACCAAAGACGAACAGAACGCUGUGGGUGUGUUUAUGACCUCGCUCAAGCUUUGCGGCCAUCGCUGCAUUCCACCCAGUGCUCCACACAAGCAAGAGCUGCUCAAGGCAAUAAAAGAGGAAAAAAGCAAGUAUGAAGCAGAAGAAAAAACAAGCAAAGUGGCAUGGGAGAAGAAAAUGGCCAACACUCAGAGGAAUCUUAUCCAGAGGCUGGAUGGAAAGUCAAAGGACAUUUCCAAGAUUGCAGCUGAUGUCACUCAGAAUGUGUCUCUGCGGCAAGGCAUGGAGAGGAAGAAAGUCAUCCAGCACAUCAGGGGACUCUACAACCCCCCCCCCCCCCGCCACUGGCAGGAACUGGUGCAACAACUCACACAUGACCGUGUGGUUUGGUACGACCAGACGUCCUACCCGACAUCCUGGCAGCUGGACCCCACGGAAGGGCCGAACAGGGAGCGACGGCGACUACAGAGAUGCUACCUCACCAUCCCCAACAAAUACCUGCUCCAAGACAGACGCAAGCCUGAAGACACCCUGAAGUCACCACUAUCCUUCCUGUUUGAGGAUAAGACCCACUCCUCCUUCUCCUCCACUGUCAAAGACAAAGCCACCAGCGAGUCCAUCAGGUUCACCAGGCGUUGCAUCAGUGUCGCCCCCUCCAGAGAGACUGCAGGGGAGCUACUUCUGGGAAAGUGUGGGAUGUACUUUGUGGAGGACAAUGCUGCUGAUGCUCACGACAACCAGAGCCUUCACGGGGAGACGGAGGCACCGUCUUUCUCCUGGACAUAUGAAGAGAUCAAGGAGGUGCACAAACGAUGGUGGCAGCUGAGAGACAACGCUGUGGAAAUAUUCCUCACCAACGGCAGAACCCUGCUGUUAGCCUUUGACAACACCAAGUUCCGUGACGACGUCUACCACAACAUCCUCACCUCUGACUUGCCCAACCUCCUGGAGCACGGAAACAUCACAGCGCUCACACAGCUGUGGGGCUCGGGCCAAAUCUCUAACUUUGAGUACCUCACACAUCUCAACAAGCACGCAGGACGCUCCUUCAAUGACCUCAUGCAGUACCCAGUGUUCCCCUUUAUCCUGCGAGAUUACACCAGUGAGACACUUGACCUGCAGGACCCAAACAUCUACAGGAAUUUGAGCAAACCCAUCGCAGUCCAGUCAAAAGAAAAAGAGGAUCGCUAUGUGGAUAACUACAGGUACCUGGAGGAGGAGUACAAAAAGGGCAUUCGUGAGGACGACCCCAUGCCUCCCGUGCAACCCUACCAUUAUGGCUCACACUACUCCAACAGUGGCACAGUGCUGCACUUCCUCGUCCGAAUGCCCCCUUUCACCAAGAUGUUCCUCGCGUACCAGGACCAAAGCUUUGAUAUCCCGGACCGGACAUUUCACUCCAUGAACACCACAUGGCGCCUGUCCUCCUACGAGUCCAUGACUGAUGUGAAAGAGCUCAUUCCUGAGUUUUUCUACCUCCCAGAAUUUCUGGUCAACAGAGAGGGUUUUGAUUUUGGUGUUCGUCAGAAUGGUGACAGGGUGAACCAUGUGAACUUGCCCCCCUGGGCUCGCAACGACCCACGUCUGUUCAUCCUAAUCCACCGACAGGCGCUCGAGUCUGAUCAGGUCUCCCAGACACUGUGCCAGUGGAUUGACCUGGUGUUUGGACUCAAGCAGAAAGGCAAAGCUGCAGUCCAGGCCAUCAAUGUCUUCCACCCAGCUACAUAUUUUGGCAUGGACGUUUCAGCGGUAGAAGAUCCGGUGCAGCGACGGGCCCUGGAGACAAUGAUUAAGACAUACGGACAGACACCCAGGCAGCUCUUCCAUGCCUCUCAUAUCAGCAGGGCAGGCCCCAGACUCACCAUGGAGGGGGAGCUGCCGGCAGCCAUGGGGCUGCUGGUUCAGCUGGCCUUCAGAGAAACCAGAGAGCAGGCCAAAGAAAUAGUCUGCCCGAGCCCACUGCCAUGGAUCAGGGGUCUGAAGUGGGGCGAGUAUGUGGGCUCCCCCUCUGCUCCAGACCCAGUGGUGUGCUUCAGCCAGCCACACGGGGAGAGGUUCGGAUCCCUGCUCGCUCUGCCAACGCGAGCCAUCUGUGGGCUGUCCCGCAAGUUCUGCCUAAUGAUGAUUUACAGCAAGGAACAAGGCGUUCGGAGCAUGCACAGCACAGACAUCCAGUGGUCAGCCAUCUUGAGCUGGGGCUACGCAGACAACAUAUUGAGGCUGAAGAGCAAACAGAGCGAGCCACCUACCAACUUCAUUCAGUGUUCACAGCUUCACCAGGUGACCAGCUGCGCCUGGGUGCCUGAUGGCUGCCAGCUGUUUACGGGUAGCAAGUGUGGUGUCAUCACCGCCUACAGCAACCGCUUCACCAGCACCACACCAUCAGAAAUGGAGGUGGAAUCUCAGGUUCACCUGUACGGACACACGGGGGAAGUCACCAGCCUGUUUGUGUGCAAACCCUACAGCAUCCUCAUCAGUGUCAGUGAAGAUGGCACCUGUAUCCUCUGGGACCUCAACAGGCUCUGCUAUGUACAAAGCCUCACAGGCCACAAGAGCCCAGUGACUGCUGUGUCUGCCAGCGAGACCACAGGUGACAUUGCAACAGUUUGUGACUCAGUGGGCGGCGGCAGCGACCUGCGCCUGUGGACAGUGAACGGCGACCUGAUCGGUCACGUCCACUGCAGGGAGAUCAUCUGCUCUGUGGCCUUCUCCAACCAGCCAGAGGGCAUGUCUGUCAAUGUCAUUGCCGGUGGGCUGGAGAACGGUGUUGUCAGAUUGUGGAGCACCUGGGAUUUGAAACCAGUGAGAGAGAUCACAUUUCCCAAGUCAAGCAAACCCAUCAUCAGCCUGACGUACUCGUGUGACGGCCACCACCUCUAUACGGCCAACAGUGAGGGGACAGUGAUGGCAUGGUGUCGGCGGGACCAGCAGCGCAUGAAGCUGCCCAUGUUCUACUCCUUCCUGAGCAGCUAUGCCGCAGGCUGAUUGCAUGUCAGAUGUUUACUUCUGUCCAGUUCUCAGCUUCCCUCCUCCUCUUCCUCUCUGCACUGAUGGGGAGCAGAACAUAUCAGCAUGGCCUCAACCUCCCAGAACCGUCCCUGACUUUAAUUAAAGCCAUCCCCAGCUGAGCAGACUCCACCAC